UUUUAUUUUGAAGAAGCAACAUCGAAAAAAGCGGAAAAAAAUUUUGUUUAUUUAUAUCGCAACGCCAAAUAAAAAGGAAAUAAUUUAAGAAAACCAACAUGAGCAAUAUUUAUAUACAGGAACCGCCAACGUCAGGCAAAGUUCUUCUCCAAACUACCGUGGGAGAUAUUGACAUUGAACUAUGGUCUCGUGAAUGUCCUAAAGCCUGUAGGAAUUUCAUACAGUUAUGCAUGGAAGGUUAUUACAACAACACCAUAUUUCAUCGUGUAGUCAAGGAAUUCAUAGUACAGGGAGGAGAUCCAAAUGGUGAUGGCACUGGUGGUGAGUCAAUUUAUGGUCAACCGUUUAAAGAUGAAUUUCAUUCGCGUCUCCGCUUUGCGAGGCGUGGUCUGGUUGGUAUGGCCAACUCAGAUAAGGAUGAUAAUGCGUCGCAAUUCUUUUUCACUAUGGCUCCAACACCCGAGUUGCAAAACAAAAAUACUCUAUUCGCCAAAGUAACGGGUGACACUAUUUUCAACAUGCUUAAGUUGGAGGAAGGCCUCGUCGAUCACAAUGAAAGACCCAUGUAUCCUCAUAAGAUUUUAAAAGCCGAAAUACUCAAUAAUCCCUUUGAUGAUAUUGUGCCCCGAGAACUGAACAGAGAAGUUAAGAAGGAAAAGAAGAAGAGGAAAGAGAAGGGUGUCAAAAAUUUUGGUUUAUUGUCGUUUGGUGAAGAGGCCGAAGAGGAUGAGGUUGAAACAAUUGAAUUUGUACAAAAGAACGCUGGCAAAGCCAAAUCUCUUCACGACGUAUUAGAUGAUCCAAAAUUGAGCAAAGAACCGGUGAAAGUAAAAAACCUAUUGGAAGAGGGGGAAGAAUCUGAUCCUGAGAGUUAUCAUAAAACCAUAAAAGAAGAAGAAUUAGAUGAAGAUGAGUCUGUUGAAAGAAGGCAGCGCAUUAAGGACAAAUUAAAAUCAAAAUCUUUCAAGAACCAUAAAAGUCAAGUAAAACCUGAUGAAAUAAAAUUGGAAAAUUCAGAUUCAGAAGAAGAUCUCCUAUUAACGCAUGAGCAGGAAAAGAAACAGCAAAGUGACAAGAAAAAAGAAGAAAUUCGCCAAGAAAUCCAAUCAUUGAAAAAACAAUACCAAACUGACAAAAAAAUAAAAGAUGAACUGUUUGAAAAGAAAACAGAGAAGGAUGCUAAGAGCAAAAUAGUCAAAACUGAAAGCGACGACAAUGAAAUUAUAAAAAAUUUCAUAGAUGAAAAGGAAAAAUAUGAAAAACUUAAAACGAAAAUACCUAAAAAAGGCGCAUCACGUGAAGAUUUCACCUUAAGUCUGCUUUCGAAAUUUCGCUCCAAAUUAGAUGCUAUAAGACAACAAAAAGAAGAUAGCGAACAGGGUAAUGAUAAAAUUGAUGAAACAGCAGUGGAAAAGGAAAUACAAGGCGAUGACUGGCUUUGUCACACCUUGAGAUUUCAAGAGGAUGCCCCGAUAUUGGCGAAAGAUGCUUCGACAAAAGGUGACGACUGGUACGAUGUUUACGAUCCCCGUAAUCCCUUAAACAAACGAAAGCGCAAGGAAACUGGCGGUAGUCGUUCCCAAGGCCCUAGCGCAAAUAAACGUGUACGAUAAUUAAGGAAAA